UGAGAGGAAGAAAUACGCCCGCGUACCCAGGUGGGGCGGAUCACACAUGACUGGCACAGCUAGUAGCUAACAAAAUAAAAUAAGAACCUUAGUUAGCUUUCUAGCUAAUCGACCAUGGAGGACCUACCUGCAGAUAUCAAAGCUUUCCUUCUGAAUCACCCAUUUUUUGAACUUACGGACGACGGCAAAAAGAUAAAAUGCGUACUCAAUGGACAUGAUUGUCCUUGCAACCUCACAGAGCUCCAGAACUUCACCAAAGGGAAGAAAUAUCAGAAAAUGUGUUCUACUGCAGGGUUCAACUAUAGUCAAUAUGAACCACAUGUUGUGCCCAGCUCGAAGCAACCCAAUCAUCUCUUCUGCAAGUUGACGCUUAGACACAUCAAUCGCCUGCCACACCAUGUCUUACAGCAUGUCAAUGGGAAGCGGUUCCAAAAAGCAAAGAAGGAAUAUGAAGAGUGUGUGCAACAGGGGGUGGAGUACAUGCCAGCCAGCCUCCGACAGAAGAAGCCCAGAGAUAGAGAGAAAGAUGGGGAGAGGGGGCGCAACUUCCAGCGUGGGAAUGGAGCGUGGGCUCCUGACUCCAGCGAUGAGGGAGGCAGUGACUCCGAGGACAGCAUGAGUGACCUGUACCCAUCCACUUUAUUCUCUCUGAAAAAGGAGACCGAGGGUAUGGAGGAGGAAAAAGAUGCCUUUAAAACAGAUGAUGAGGAGGAGAUGGAGAUUGAUAAACAGGCGCCACAGAAACGCAAGAAGGUCAGAUGGCUUAACCCUCAUGGAACUUUUUUUUUCACUAGUAGUGUUGAUCAGUGUUCCAAGCAAACAGGUCUGCAUGUGGUUGUUGUAUUACUGUAAUUAGUAGCACCGCUCUUUUUGCAUCUU